GGGCUGCGGUAAUUAAUCAGCUGUAAGCUGAAAUAGUUGCUCACUUUUUUUGUUGUGGAAAAGAAAAAAUCGCAGCUCUUGGUGUUAUCUUGUGUUUGUCCAGUUAUUAACACUCCACAGAGCGGAGAAGUGUGCAAAAGUGGGUGAAGAACCAGCGCAUUAACAGAUGGAGCGAGUGUGGACUCUUGGCUGUUGCCUUUUGCUGGCCGCUGGCUCGAUGGCGUCAGCAGCAUAUGCCGACGUCACGACGCAAAAUGCCAUGUUAGGCAGCAAGAAAACGCACAAAGAAACCUCUGCGGCGGACAGCUCCUCGGUGGCUACGGCUGGUGGACUGUCCAGCAACGGCGUCUGCUCUCGGAUGCUUCGACAUGUCUUCGAGAAUGCCACACCACGGGACGAGCAGCAGGCGGGCGUCUUUGAGGAGUACAAGCCACAGCCAGACUCAGUGGAGCCCCUGGAGGAGGAGGCCUAUCUGUGGAACUGCCUGCAAGCCUGCUGCGAGAAGCCCAAGAAUGUGACCACCGGCUCUUGCAACGUGGUGCUGGUGUUCAAGGGCAAGUGCUAUCACAUCCGCUGCCAGAGCAACGAGGCCUGCCUGCCCAAGCAACGGGUGCGGUUGCCCAAUGAGAAAGUGCAAAUGGUACUGGUCAAUCCCGUGGGCGAGGCCACCUGGCCGCAGCUGCUCAAGGCCGAGGCGGCCAAGCAGAAUGCCGAGAUCCUGCCCUACGACGAGGCGGCUCUGAAUUUCUGGAAACAGCCACGCAGAUUGGGUUACUUGGCACGCAAUCAGGAAAGCCCCGUUUACGAGGACGACGACUUCCCGUUGGCUGACAAGCGAAUGAACCAAUUGAUUCUCCAGCCAGAUGAAAACGAUGUGCUGGCCAAUGAAGAGCUUAACUACUACGAUCAGAAUGCCAAGUUUACCGCCUGCGACCUAGAGACACCGUGUCCGCCGCCUCAGCAAUGUGUGCCCCUUCAGCCGAAUGCGGUGCGGGGCGUGUGCACCUGUCCCAAUGGUUUCAUUUGGAAUAAGCAACGCAAGUGCGUGAUGGCCGCUAUUCCCUAUAGCUCCUAUCUGACCAGCAGCAACGAGGCAGUUCAGCAGGAUGCAGUCGCGGCGGCGGCCAGUGAGAACAGCUCGCCGGAGGUAGCUGCUGCGCCAGCGAAAACCGAACAAAACAAAGAUAUUGUGGUGUCCGUGAUGUCGAAGGAGGUUCGACUGCCCGAGCAGGAGGUGACACUCGCCGCCUUCACGGUUCCCGAUGAGCAGACCAGCGAUACAAAGUACAAAUAUUUGUGGACUCUCAUAUCGCAACCCAAGGGACCAAUGAAUGGUACAAUCUCCGAUCAGAGCAAGUCCAAGGUGAAGCUAUCGAAUCUCUCUGAAGGAUUGUACACCUUCAAAGUGACAGUGACCGGAGACAAUGGAACCUUUGGCGAGGCAACAGCGAAUGUUACGGUGCUGCCGGAAAACCGAAUCAACCAGCCGCCGCAGGUAAUCAUCUCACCCAGGGAGCAGAUUAUCCGACAGCCCACCACGAAUGCCAUACUGGACGGUAGCACCAGCACGGACGACGACAAGAUUACCAACUGGCACUGGGAGGUUAUCUCGGGUCCGAUUGGCUACCAGCCAGUCUUGCCGGAGGUGAACACCCUUCAGUUGGACCUCACCUCGCCGGGCAACUACACCUUCAAGCUCACCGUAACCGACUCGAAUAACAUUACCAACUCGACCACGGCCACAAUAGCAGUCCUCAAGGAAACCGACUAUGCACCGGUGGCCAAUGCAGGGGAUGCCGUCAUUUUGUAUCUGCCGAACAAUAAUGUCACCUUGAAUGGAACUGCCAGUUCGGAUGAUCAUGAGAUUGUGGCCUGGGAGUGGACCAAGGAUGCUAGCGAUGAGGCCAAGGCUGUUGAUAUGCAGAACACGAGAACUCCAUAUGUUCAACUAUCCAAUUUGGAGGAGGGCAUGUACACUUUUGUGCUCAAGGUCACCGAUGGCAGUGCACAGACCAGCACGGCCAAGGUGCAUGUCUUCGUGAAGCCUCCAACGAAUUCACCACCAAUUGCUGAGGCUGGCACAAACACAACCACCAGUUUGCCCAUUAAUUGGGUACUGCUCAAUGGCUCGGAGUCCAAGGAUGACAUUGGCAUCAAGAGUUAUCAAUGGAGGCAGCUGAGCGGACCCAAUAAUGCAGCCAUCCUGAUGUCCAACUCAUCGAUUGCCAAUGCCACGUCCCUAACGUUGGGUCUCUAUGAAUUCGAGUUGACGGUAGCUGACGAGAAUAACAAUACAGCCACUGACACCACUUGGGUGAAGAUUGUGCAGGAACGCAAUGCCGCACCUGUGGCCAAUGCUGGCGGGGAUCAUAGCAUCACAUUGCCCGCCACAGCCAUCUAUUUUAAUGGCUCCAAAUCUUGGGAUGACCUGGCAGUGGUCAAGUACAUUUGGACACGAGAAGACAACAGUUUGGCAGCUGGUGUCGUUGUGGCGGACACCGAUAAGCAACCCGUUAUGAUUCUAACAAACCUAGUCCAAGGACGCUAUGUCUUCAAGCUGACGGUGAGCGAUGACCAGGGCCUCACUAGUUCGGAUACUGUGAGCGUGAACGUUCAUCCCGAUCCCUUGUUGAUUCAUCUUGUGCAAAUGACCCUGCCCAUGGGCGUCUCCGUGCUCUCUCAAUCCGAGCUGGAUUCGGUGGUUCAGAAAUUGCAAUUGCUGCUGGGCGAUGAGAACAAAAUCCAGGUCAGAGAGCUCAAGUACGAUUUGCACACGGAUGCGGCUGUUCUGGUCUUCUAUGUGAACGAUGGCCAGGGAAAGCCCCUCAAUGGCCUGCAUGUGGAGCGACAGUUGAGAGCUCAACUCCAGAAGGAUGCUUCCAUACUGGGAGCCUUGUUUGUGGAUAUUCGCACAACUGUUUGCCAGAACGAUUGCUCCGGGCACGGCAGUUGCAAUCCCACAACGAGAGCCUGUAUAUGCGAGGCAUUUUGGAUGCCCUCAGCGGGUUACUUCUUUAGCAAUCAAGAAGCCAAUUGUGAUUGGUCCAUAUUGUACGUGUUUGUUGGCGUAAUUGUGAGCUGUCUGCUGCUAUCGGGAGUAUUUUGGGGCAUUGCCUGCGCGUGCAGGCAGUCAAAAAAGCCGAGGCUUCGGCAGAAAGUGCAGAAAUAUGCACUGAUAGGCAACCAGGAUGAGGAGGCAGCCAGUUAUUCGCGCAACACUUCCCUGACCGAAUCGGAAACGGAUUCCGAUGUUCUGUUUGAGACACGCACAAAGUCCAAUGGAGGACUGGGCAAACACAGGUCGCACAAUCACCAUGGAGGACAUGGAAGCAGUGGCGGAAGUGGCGGCUCUUCUGGUCGCGAUGGCCACAAAUUGAUGGCCCAAAAGCUGGGCCGCAAGAUCAAGGCAUAAACUUAAGCAAAACGAAUAUAUGUGUGUGUUAGUCGAUCUACUAUACACAGGGGUGGUUCCAUAAAUAGCUGUGGAUCUCAAAGCAAUUCGAUUCGGAAUCCUUAAUCUUUUCUGUGCCAUCCCUGGACAGUGUGCGUGUGUGAUAUCUAUUUGUAUUUUCUAUAUAUAUAUAUAUAUUUACUCGGAGAUCUUUUGUACUUUCUGCAUACUUGUAUGUACACGUGAAGUUCUAAUGUUCCUUUAUGUGCAAUUAUCGUUAUUUACUGACUUUUACCUGUGUUUAGACAUACUUGUUUGUAUUAUUAUUUAAGCUGCUGUGCAAUGCAUACUAUUUAUAUGUUUACUUUUAAUCCGCUUUUACCUCGAUACUUUUUUAUGUUCAUGUACAUAUAUAUGUAGAGAUAGCUGUUCACAAUCAAAUGUAACUGACAUGUAACUGCUUAAAGGUGCAUUAUGCCCUGCAUUAAACGAAACCCCAUUAGAU